CACUCUGACCUGCCACUUUGGAUGUAAAACAUGCACCACGUGACAUCCGGCACAAAAACGUGAUUCUCUUUCCUCGUAUCUGCGAAGUAAGGGUAGCAACGUUUGAUAGACACUGCCGUGUGUCAGCCAUGUUUGUGUGCCUGCCUUUCUCUGAGUCCUUGCGACGCACCGGUAACAGACAGGCCGCCUACAGCAGACGACUUUUGAUGUCAUAUUCCAGGCUAUUUUUAUCCGGUUCACGGGAGAAAGGUCAAGGCCUUUUUCCGCGGACUGUAGCAAUGCCUGACGUCAUGUUCAUGCUACGUCACGUGUCGUCUGCUUGAGUGCUGAGUCUGCUGCUUUUGGCUGGUGCGUGGAGCUGUUCAGUAGCCGGGUGGUGACCAACAGGGUGUUCGUGAGACUUGAGUGUGUUUCCGGUGCUGUUUGUGUGAGCGGGUGACCACCAGACCUUUGACACGCCGCGUGGGUGUGGAGUUUGGUCUGUCUUCACGGAUGUAUUUCGGGUGCUCGAACAAGUGAUACCUUCCCUGCGUCCUUCACAAACUUCGAGGAAAGAGUGAGGGCGGUUUACCAGACAUUGACUUGAUAUGUGUGCCUGCUGCUAGCAUGAUACAGCCUAGAUCAAAAGCAUGAAUAUCUUCAUUUUCAUUAUAGUUUCAGCAGGACUGCCUGCCCUAGUCAGCACACAAUACGGCUGCUUCGAACACUUUAAUCGGACAGUUUCUGUGAAAAUACCUGAAAAAAUUACGGCUGGCACUACGUUAUUUACAGAUCUGACAACAGAUAUCGUUACUUUAGGGUAUUCAUUUAACAAACUGAUUCCAUUCUUUGCUGAACUGCACGUUUACCGUGAUGGCGUAAAGUAUAAUGUUUCUAUGGUGGCAACAACCAAUCUCACUGAAAUUGACGAAAAUAAGACAUUAUGCGAGAUGUCUGGAAAAUGGGGACUUACACUAGAAUGCCAGUCUUCAAGUGCCGUGAUUUACGUCGACUUUGAUGUGAUUUACACUGACGACUAUGCACCCGUGUGGAAUAAAAAUCUCUCUUACUCAACACCAGAGCUGGUUCCAGAAAAUACGACGAUUGCAAACCUGGGAAAAAUCGACGGACUUUACACAGACCAGGAUUGUGUAUUGCUAGCAACAACACAAACAGCAUAUUCUAUUCAGGGAGGAAACACCGAGGCAGCAUUUCGAAUGUCAGGUUAUGGCGAAAUCCUUGUGGACAGAUUAAUUUCUUACCAAAAAGGAGAAACUGAGUUUGAACUAACUGUGCUCAUUACAACGUUUCAAAGCUUUGACUUGCCUGGGAAAAAUGGUUCCGCACCAGUUGUAGUCAGAAUCAUUGAUAUUGAUGACAAUGAUCCGGUUUUCGACAACAUGGUAUAUAUUUUUCAUGUGGAAGAAGAGAACGCCUCCGAGAUUGGUCAAAAACAGCCGACUUCUCCACCAGUCUUUGCAUUUGACCAAGACACUGGGAUCAACGACAAAGUUACAUACUCCAUUAACGACACCAGUAGCACAGUCGACAUCAGUCAUGAAACUGGGCAUAUCUGGAUAACACGUGUACUGGACAGAGAAGUGAAUUCUUCCGUUAGUAUGACGGUUAAGGCAAACCAAGUGCACAACUCUUGGAGGUCCGCGACAGCCACUAUCCUAGUGAUGGUAGACGAUAUCAACGACAACCGCCCAAAGUUUCUGUCAGACAACCCUACUAUUGUCAGUAUUCCAGAACACUCCGCUUUCGGCUCUUUUGUUGUUCGAGUUCUUGCCAUUGAUGCAGAUGAGGGAGAUAAUGCACUUUUCAAUUACACACUUAAAACAGAGGAAAGUCUCUUCGCUAUCCAAACUGAUAUUCUGGGAAACCUGCAAUAUGGCAUCGUGACUGUGUCCAAUUCUUCUGCUCUGGACAGGGAAAUCUUUUCUUACCUAAAUAUGACGGUCCAAACUAAAGAAUUCAGGCCGCCACAAGGAGGAGACUGCAUCUCUGGGAUGUGCAGCAUCACCAUCACCAUACAACUGAUUGACAUCAACGACAACAGUCCCGUCUUCGACAACUCCAGCUACAAAUUGAUCGUGAAGGACAAUAACAAAGACGUCUUUCUAAUGCUGGUCAAUGCCAGUGAUGCUGACGAAGGUGAGAACGCAGACUUGAGGUACAGUUGUGUGCCCUCCUACGCCCUCGGCAGUGACGGUUGCAGUGUAAUUACAGUUGAGGAUAAAACUGGGGAAAUCAGUCUCAGUCAGCCUCUGGACAGUUUACAGGUUUACUAUGCCUCAAUAGAAGCAUGUGACAGCCCUACUGAUGUCUCACAAAUGCGCUGUACCACAGUUCCCAUUAGAAUCAGUCUGAACCCUGACCUUCUGCUCAAUGUGACGUCAUACAACUUCACAGUUUAUGAGAAUUUGCCGGCGGGUACCUACGUUGCUGACAUCUUGAAUUACAAUCUUCAAUUUGAGCUCCAAGAUAAAGAAUUUGAGCUUAAUGAACGAACUCUCCGUACAAAAAGGUCCUUCGACAGGGAGGAACAGGCCAAGUUCUUGUUUGUUAUCAGCACUCAUAACGAGAAAAGCACAAACAUCUCUGUUCUGGUCACUGUUUUGGAUGUCAACGACAACAGCCCCUCAUUUGGCAACUCCAGCUACAUACUGACCGUGAUGGACAAUAGGAAGAAUAUCAUUGUAGGAAUGAUUAAUGCAAGCGAUGCUGACGAAGGUGAGAAUGCGGUGCUGACGUACAGCUGUGUGUCCUCUGUAACAAGCAAUGAUGCCUGCGAUGUCAUGACAGUCAACGACACAACUGGGGAGGUCGUGCUUCUAGGGCCCCUGGACAGUUUACACACGUACUACGCGCUGGUCGAGGCGUGUGACAGUCCGACUGACUUCUCACAGAGUCGCUGCACAACAGUUCCUGUUACAAUCAGUCUACAUCCCGACCUUGCACUCAACGUGACGUCAUACAACUUCACUGUUCACGAGAAUUUGCCGGCGGGGACGUACGUUGGCGACAUCUUGACUUACAACGAUUACUAUUCACUCCAACAUGACGACUUCGAACUUCUCGAAAGAACUCUUCGAACAACAAAAUCAUUGGACCGCGAGAGACAGCCCCACUACAUGCUCGUCAUCAGCACAAACAAUAAGAAUAACACUAACAUCACAGUCUUGGUCAUUGUGCUGGACGUCAACGACAACAGCCCUGUCUUCAACAAAACCAACUACAAACUUACCGUGACGGACAACACCAACAACUCCACUGUAGAUACAAUUGAUGCUAACGAUGAUGACGAGGGCGAGUAUGCAGACCUCAGGUACUCAUGCGUGUCCUCUAUUCACACCGCUAACGAUGGUUGUAGGCAGAUCACUAUCAACAACACAACGGGUGAAAUAAUGCUACAAAAACCCUUGCCCAAUCCCGAAAUAUAUUUUGCUCUGGUGGAGGCGUGUGACAGUCCGACGGAAGUCUCACAAAGUCGCUGCACCACAGUUCCUUUUAACAUCAGUCUGCCUCCUGACUUCCACCUCAACGUGACGUCAUACAACCUUACGGUUUACGAGAAUUUGCCUGCGGGGACCUAUGUGGGCGACCUCUGGGAUUACAAUGAACACUUUGAGAUCCAGCAUGACAUAUUUGAACUGAACAAAGGAACUCUCCGCACAAAAGACUCACUGGACAGAGAGAAACAGGACCAGCUCAUGUUUGUCAUCAACACUAAUAACCAGAACAACACAAACAUCUCAGUCCUGGUUACUGUUCUGGACGUCAACGACAACAGCCCCGUCUUCAACAACACCAACUACAACCUGACUGUGGUGAACAACACUAAGGACGCCCUCAUACAGACGGUAACUGCUACCGAUGCUGACGCUGGUGAGAAUGCAGACCUCAGGUACCAAUGUCUACCCUCCUACGUACCAUACAGUGAUGGUUGUACUGUGAUCACUAUCAACAAUACAACUGGUGACAUAAGGCUGAUACAAUCCUUGGAGAGUUUUAACUCUAAAAUAUAUUUUGCGCUGAUUGAAGCAUGUGACACGCCAACUGACGCCUCACAACGUCGCUGCACGACAGUUCCUAUUAGAAUCAGUCUUCCCCCUGACUAUCACCUCAAUGUGACGUCAUACAACUUCACAGUUCACGAGAAUUUGCCGGCGGGGACAUACGUUGGCGACAUCUUGAAUAACGACCAUAACUUUGAGCUUCAGGAUGACACGUUCGAACUUCAUGAACGAACUCUCCGCACAAAACAACCGCUGGACCGAGAGAAACAGGACCACUACUUGUUUGUCAUCAACACUAACAACCAGAACAACACUAACAUCACAGUCCAGGUCAGUGUGCUGGACGUCAACGACAACAGCCCCGUCUUCAACAACACCAACUACAAACUAACCGUGGUGAACAACACUAAGGACGCCCUCGUAGAGACGGUCCGUGCUAGGGAUGCUGACGAAAGUGAAAACGCAGAUCUCAGUUACAAGUGUGUGUCUGUAGCCGACGUGGAUGGUUGUGGUGAGAUUACUGUCAACAACGAAACUGGGGACAUAAGGCUACGACAGCGUCUCACCAAAUCACAAAUGUAUUUUGCACUGGUUGAGGCGUGUGAUAACCCUGUUGAUGCCUCACAAAGUCGCUGUACAUCAGUUCCUAUUAGAACCAGUCUGCCUCCUAAUUUUGACCUCAACGUGACGUCAUAUAACUUCACGGUUCACGAGAAUUUGCCGGCGGGGACGUACGUUGGCGACCUCUUGGAUUAUGACAAUCACUUUGAGCUCCAUCAUGACAAAUUUCAACUUGAUGAAAGAACUAUCCGCACAAAAGAUUCAUUAGACCGAGAGGCUCAAGACCAUUACAUGUUUGUCAUCAACACCAACAACCAGAACAACACAAACAUCUCAGUGCUGGUCACUGUCCUGGACGUCAACGACAACAGCCCCGUCUUUGAUAACUCCAACUACAGACUGACUGUGGUGAACAACACUAAGGACGCCCUCGUACACAAGAUCGAUGCUAGUGAUGCUGAUGAAGGUGAGAAUGCACACCUCAGGUACAGAUGCAUGCCUUCCUAUGUCAGUAGUAGCAAUGACUGCAGUGUGUUUACUGUUAACAACACAACUGGUGAAAUACGGUUGCAGCAGCCCCUUCCCCGUUCAGAAAUGUAUUUUGUGCUAGUGGAGGCGUGUGAUACUCCGACUGAUAUCUCACAAAGUCGCUGCACGACAGUUCCUGUCAGAAUCAGUUGGCCUUCAGAUUUUGACCUUAACGUGACGUCAUACAAUUUCACGGUUCACGAGAAUUUGCCGGCGGGGACGUACGUUGGAGACAUCUUGUCUUACGACCCUCACUUUGAGCUUCGAGAUGACACGUUUGAACUUAAAGAAAGAAAUCUUCAAACAGUAGAACCAUUGGACCGAGAAAAGCAAGACCAAUACAUGUUUGUCAUCAACACCAAUGACCAGAACAACACAAACAUCUCAGUCCUGGUCACUGUCCUGGACGUCAACGACAACAGCCCUGUCUUCAACAAGUCUAACUAUAGACUGCUUGUAAAGGACAACGAAACAAACACCUUCGGAGAGACGAUUAAUGCUAGUGAUGCUGACGAAGGUGAGAAUGCGGUGCUGACGUACAGCUGUGUGUCCUCUGUAACAAGCAAUGAUGCCUGUGAAGUCAUUACAGUCAAUGACACAACUGGGGAAAUAAGGCUUUCAUGGCAUCUGGUCGGUUCACACACGUAUUACGCGCUGGUUGAAGCAUGUGACAGUCCCACUGACAUCUCACAGAGACGCUGUACCACAGUACCUGUUAGUCUCCAUCUUCCUUCAGCCCUCAGCGUGACGUCAUACAACUUCACGGUUCACGAGAAUUUGCCGGCGGGGACGUACGUUGGCGAGAUCUUGGAUUAUGAAGGUCACUUUGAGCUCCAUCAUGACAAAUUUCAACUUGAUGAAAGAACUAUCCGCACAAAAGGUUCAUUGGACCGAGAGAAGGAAGACCAGUUCCUGUUUGUCAUCAACACCAACAACCAGAACAACACAAACAUCUCAGUGCUGGUGACUGUCCUGGACGUCAACGACAACAGCCCUGUCUUUGAUCGCUCCAACUACAGACUGACUGUGGUGGACAACACUCGUGACGCCCUCGUACACAAGGUCAAUGCUAGCGAUGAUGAUGAAGAUGAGAAUGCACGCCUCCAGUACAGAUGCAUGCCUUCCUAUGUCAGUAGUAGUAAUGGCUGCAGUGUGUUCACUGUUAACAACGCAACUGGUGAAAUAAGGUUGCAGCAGGAACUAACCAGUUUAGAAAUGUAUUUUGUGAUAGUGGAGGCGUGUGAUACUCCGACUGAUACCUCACAAAGUCGCUGCACCACAGUUCCUGUCAGAAUUAGUCUACCUCCUGAUUUUGACCUCAACGUGACGUCAUAUAACUUCACGGUUCACGAGAAUUUGCCGGCGGGGACGUACGUUGGCGACAUCUUGAAUAACGACCAUAACUUUGAGCUUCAGGAUGACACAUUUGAACUUCAUGAACGAACUCUCCGCACAAAAGAACUGCUGGACCGAGAGAAACAGGACCACUACUUGUUUGUCAUCAACACUAACAGCCAGAACAAUACUAACAUCACAGUCCAGGUCACUGUCCUGGACGUCAACGACAACAGCCCCGUCUUCAACAACACCAACUACAAACUGACCGUGGUGAACAACACUAAGGAUGAAUUAUUAGAGACGAUCCGUGCUAGUGAUCCUGAUGAAGGUAAAAACGCAGAUCUCAGUUACAAGUGUGUGUCUGUAGCGGACAUGGAUGGUUGUGGUGAGAUUACUGUCAACAACGAAACUGGGGAGAUAAGGCUACGACAGCCUCUCACCAAAUUACAAAUGUCUUUGGCACUGGUUGAGGUGUGUGAUAACCCUGUUGAUGACUCACAAAGUCGCUGUACUUCAGUUCCUAUCAGAAUCAGUCUGCCUCCUGAUUUUGACCUCAACGUGACGUCAUACAACUUCACGGUUCACGAGAAUUUGCCGGCGGGGACGUACGUUGGCGACCUCUUGGAUUAUGACGGUCACUUUGAGCUCCAUCAUGACAAAUUUCAACUUGACGAAAGAACUAUCCGCACAAAAGGUUCAUUGGACAGAGAGAAGGAAGACCAGUUUCUAUUUGUCAUCAACACCAACAACCAGAACAGCACAAACAUCUCAGUCCUGGUCACUGUCCUGGACGUCAACGAUAACAGCCCUGUCUUUGAUAACUCCAACUACAGACUGACUGUGGUGGACAACACUCGUGACGCCCUCGUACACAAGGUCAAUGCUAGCGAUUCUGAUGAAGGUGAGAAUGCACGCCUCCAGUACAGAUGCAUGCCUUCCUAUGUCAGUAGUAGUAAUGGCUGCAGUGUGUUCACUGUUAACAACGCAACUGGUGAAAUAAGGUUGCAGCAACAACUAACCAGUUCAGAAAUGUAUUUGGUGCUAGUGGAGGCCUGUGAUACUCCGAACGAUACCUCACAAAGUCGCUGCACCACAGUUCCUGUCAGAAUCAGUCUGCCUCCCAAUUUUGACCUCAACGUGACGUCAUACAACUUCACGGUUCACGAGAAUUUGCCGGCGGGGACAUACGUUGGCGAUAUCUUGUAUUACGACCCUCACUUUGAGCUUCAACAUAACAUGUUUGAGCUUAAUGGAAGAAACCUUCAAACAUUAAAAUCACUGGACCGAGAAAUGCAGGACCAGUACAUGUUUGUCAUCAACACCAACGACCAGAACAACACAAACAUCUCAGUCCUGGUCACAGUUUUAGACGUCAACGACAACAGCCCGGUCUUUAACAACUCACACUACAGGCUGACUGUGGUGGACAACAAAGAAAACACCUUCUUAGAGAUGAUUAACGCUAGUGAUGCUGACGAAGGUGAGAAUGCAGUGCUCAGGUACAGGUGUGUGUCCUCUGUAACAAGCAAUGAUGCCUGCGGUGUCAUGACAGUCAAUGGCACAACUGGGGAAACAAGGCUUCUGCAGCCUCUGGUCAGUUCACAAACCUAUUACGCGCUGGUUGAAGCGUGUGACAGUCCCACUGACAUCUCACAGAGUCGCUGCACCACAGUUACUGUCAGAAUCAGUCUACCUCCUGAUUUUGACCUCAACGUGACGUCAUACAACUUCACGGUUCACGAGAAUUUGCCGGCGGGGACGUAUGUUGGCGAGAUCUUGAAUUACGACGAUUUGUUUGUACUUCAACAUGACAAUUUCGAACUCCAUAAAGGAACUCUCCGCACAAAGAAGCCUCUGGACAGAGAGGACCAGGAUCAUCACAAUCUUAUCGUCAACACCAACAACCAGAACAACACGAAUAUCUCCGUCCUCGUUAUUGUCCUGGACGUCAAUGACAACAACCCCAUCUUCAACCCGAACAACGGAUCUGUGACGUUGAGCGGGGAAGAGACGACUGGUCACGUGAUCACAGUUGUCAACGCCUCAGACCUCGAUGAGGGAGACAAUGCUAAAAUUACCUACAUCUUACAGCCGGAAUCAAUGUUGCAGUACUUCUACAUCAAUGAUUCAGGGGCGGUAAUUCUACAAACAUUGUCAACCUUGGAGACGAUGGACCUGCUGGUCAAGGCUUCAGAUGGUGGUUCACCAUCAUUGUCCGGCUUCUACACACUCAGGAUAACUAUCCCAGCAGUAAACGGAAGCGUUGUCAUUUUUGCACCAGUGACUAACGACAAACUAGAGAAAAACAGAAUUGAGAGAGAACUUAUUCGAAUCCUAGGCGUUAAUGUCACCGUUGAAACCAUUCGACAACAUUCAGUUGACAGCUCAGCAGUAUACAUCACUGCACGGGGUAUGAGCACAGGUCAGCCACUGAAAGUUGAAGAACUUCAAAAGCUUGUGGACUCGAAACCUGCAGAAAUCGCUGACCUGUUUCGUCAGAAUGUCCCUGAUGGCACCAAUGAGAGGGCAAUUGCUGCAGACGACUUCACCACUCCAGUCAUCGUCCUCAUCGUCAUUGCCGCCGUCCUCCUCAUUGCUCUUAUUAUCGCCACAGUUUUCAUUGCAAGGGCUCACAAGAGCAGAAAACGUAACAAACGCAUGUUUAAGAGUCUCUCCACACCAGCCACCUUUUACGACACGGCCAAAACGGACGCCGAGAAGUCGGAUGAAAGCAUUGGAACUAUCAACCCCGCUUUUGUCGACGAUGAUGAGUCCCAGAGCGUCACGCUGGUCAACGAAACGGAAGUGACGUCAGUAGCCGACAUGCAGUCAUUUCAUGAAGCUGGCGACAAUGACGAUGACGUCUCCGAGAACGAAGGGACGGGGCGGCCGCCAGAUGCCGAUAGCGGGGUUCCUAGCGACCGAGAAAACGGACAUGGAGAUGAUGACGACAUUGACAACAGUUCUGACGAUGGCGGCUCAUCUCCUCAGAGUCCGCACAGCUCCAGAUACCUUGAGGCUGUGCUGGACGAACCCUUGCUGAACUCCGCUGACCCCGAACAUGACGCCGUCGACGUGACGUCACCCGGAAUGUAUUCUGAAGCACUAGAAGCUUUGCUGCUUCCGGUUGAUUCCCUCGACAGCGGUCCUCCUGCCGAGCCUCCGGUGGACUUCGAUGUUCAGGAUAAUUAUCCGACAUUCGCUGAAGAAGAGUUUCCGAAGGAGAUCACGGAGGCAGCGCUUCCAAUCGCCGAGGCCGAGGUUGGAAGCGACCUUGACCCAGUGACCCCUGAGGACGAGGUUGAGGACACCGGCUCACUGAAUGGCUUCCUUGGCUUUCGGCUCCCGACUAGGUCCUUCACGCCCCCCAUGGUACGCAAGUCGCAGGAGCAGAGGGAAGAGGAGUUAGAGCCCAUGCCGGAAGAGCCCAUGCCAGACUACGGCAAGAAAGUUCGCUUCAACUUCCAGGUCACGGAGCACGAGAUAACGGACUACAACGACAACGAUGAAGACCUCGAUGAAGAUGACAAUGACACUGAAAAUCCAGCAGAUAACGAGGAGUUUCCUAUGCCGCCACCACCACUACCACCUCCACCGCCACCAACUUUAUCUACAGACCACAAUCUAAUCAACGAGUCCAGCGAUGACUCGAGAAGAGGCGAUGAACAUGAUCCUAACACAAAUGAAGAAGAGGAGAUAACGUCUUUCUAACGCAAGAUUUGGUUAUUUGUUUAAGAAACUGUAUACAUUUUUAGGAAAAUACAUUUUGAUUAUAAUGAGAAAAGUAUCAACUUCUACAGACUUUUGUAUAUUCAGCUUUAAUUACUAUUUAUAAUUCCAAAAUCUUUAAUCUAAUUUAACAUGGUUUGCAUUCGAUGAAAACAUGUAUGAUAAUACGGAGAUGAAUCACAUUAUUCAAGUUUUUAUUAUAGUUUUUUAUUAUAAUAAUGUUUAUAUUGUUUUAAAUGUUGCCAUAACAAAUGUCUCACUAAAUUUCUCAAGACUUCCAUCAGUAAAAGCGACAAUUUUAAAACACAAUUCGCUACAUUACUUAUCCAUUAAGGACUAGGUGAUUUAAUACUUUAAUUAUUCACAUCCCCGUAAGUCCUUAUUCGUCAUUACGAUGAACUUGUACCUUACUUUGCAUCAUAAGCUAAAUAAUUGUUCAUUUCCAGGACUAAAUCGUAAUGGUACUGGGUUUAUUUUUUUAUAACUCUCAUCUCCGGUUCUGUCUUUGCACCGAAAUAUAAAAGUGUUUAUAACUGCACCAGUCAGACACGCAAUUUGACAAAAAUGAAUAUCUUUUAAAUAAUAAAGAAUUUACCCGUAUUUUUUAUAAGGGGAUGUAUUUUCUUUAUUAAAAACCAUGUAAAAAAAUUAAUGGAUCAGACACCGUUACAUGAAAACGUAAUACACACACACAUACAGUUAGUCUCUGUCCUUCUUUAUCCAACAAACGACAGUUUGAACCAAUACAGCAGUAUAUGUAAACAACUAUUUUCUACACUUUAUGGCGGCGGUAACAAAUUUGUUCAAAUGAAGACAGCUUCACGGCGUUUUAACAUCUGGCCACAGACUAGGUACCGGCUCACAUGCCUUCAACAUAUUUCAUGGAGUAUCCGGAACAGAAAUAUCACUUUUAAAUCACAAUAAAGAACAAAUUUUUGUCGUUUA